AUGAGCGAGCUGCCUGCCAAGCGACGGAAAUUACAUGCAAAUUACCUCAAAAGUCCCUCGUUUACAAAGAGUGUCGUGUACGCUCAGGCUAUGUAUCAAGUUGCCCCACCUCAUUCUCCUCGUGUCGAAACGUUGAAACAAGGAACCCAUUCGCCCAGUUCAUUUGUGAAGCGUGGACUGUCGCCGGUGAAAAGAGCGGAUAGGAAGUUUUCGAGUCUUGACUUUGGUUCGCGAACAUAA